CCCGAAACAAUCCGCGCAGGGCUCUUACGGUUUUGUUUUAGAAUUAGACAAAAUUACCCAAAAUUUUGGAUUUUCACCGACUGGAACCGACUUCCGGCCCUAAAUAAACCCAUCCAAAAGCUCGGGAUCUUUUCGAACUGCACGUUAUUGCGGCGACCUUCUGGACCCUGCCCUCAUGCGCUCUGGUCGCUUGGAUCGUAAAAAUCGAGUUUCCUCAACCUAAAGGAGCAAAAGCCAGGAUUUUGCAGGUAUAAUGUUGAAACAAGUGAUCGACAAGCUUUUGACAGGCAAAGCGAUUUCUGGAGCCAAUGGAGAAAAGCUUAGACCUUUCUUGUGUUUAGGCAGUCGCGGUGUCCACAAUGGCCGGGUCGUUCAUGCACCAAGAAGCUUCUUCGGUGUAGAAGAUUACAUGGACGACGAUACGAGCCGGCCAUACACUUACCAGAAAGCGAAAAAAUCAAAGAAUCCGGACAAACACUUGUCUUUCAAGCAAAGAACAGUCGCGUACAUGGAGCCAUUCACUCUCGACGUCUUCAUCUCCAAACGCUUUGUCUCGGCAUCCCUUACACAUCGUGUCACUUGUAAGCAAGUCGCUGUUGCGGGAACCAACUCCAAAGACGUCAAAGCCGUGUUGAGGUCACGCUGUGAUAUUCCGGCUUGUAUGGCCAUUGGCAGGAUGUUGGCCGACCGUGCGAAAGAGGCCGAUGUUUAUACAGCCUCUUAUACGCCGCGUGACAAGGAUAAGUUCGAAGGAAAAAUCAGAGCUGUUGUUCAGUCCCUCAUCGAUAACGGUAUCGAUGUCAAAAUCUACCUCGAUUGAAAAUGUUGGGGGCACUUUUGCAAAUGUUGGAAACUUUUGGGGGCAAGACAGCAUGUUGUUAAAUCCUUUUCUCCUCUAGCUUUCUAAGCAAUCUGCUUUUGAUGAUUUCUUAUGUAUACCAAAUUAAACAAGUCAUGACUUAUUUGAUUAUUAUUACCAUGA